AUGGUGAGAGCUCCUUGCUGUGAGAAGGUCGGAUUGAAGAAGGGGACAUGGACACGAGAAGAAGAUCAGACGCUCAUAACUUACGUUGAGAGAAAUGGACCUGGGAACUGGCGUUCUCUUCCUAAAAAAGCAGGCUUAUUAAGGUGUGGGAAGAGUUGCAGAUUCAGGUGGAUGAAUUACUUGAGACCAGAUGUUAAAAGAGGGAACUAUAGCAAGGAAGAGGAAGAGACUAUCAUUGAAUUGCAUGAACUGCUUGGUAAUCGAUGGUCUAUGAUCGCGGCAACUCUACCAGGAAGAACUGACAAUGAAAUUAAAAACGUUUGGUACAGCCACCUGAGAAAACGGCGAAAACAAAAUCUAAUGACCCAGGAAACCAACAAGCCCGCCAUGGAAAUAUCCAUAUGUAACGUAGGGGCUUCAAAGGAAACGUUAGGAUCUGUCCUCUCACCCUUGAAUGUUCCAACCAUCCCAAGAUCCGAAAAUUCCAGCUACAUUCACAUGUACCAGCCACAGUCUUCUGCCAAUUCGUCUCCGAUAAGCAGCAAUUCCUUGAAUUGCAACAGAAUCACCGUGGAAAAAUAUAUUGAUUUGUCUGCUACAGUGGAACAAUUGCUUCAGCCGCAGUUCUCCCCAGUUUUGAACGGAGAUUCCGAGUUUCCAAGUGACCCGUUCCAGGACGAUCUCAGAAGUUUUUGGUUAAAUCUCUUGAUGGAAGCGGAAAAGUAUGAAGAAGAUCCGAUGAUCUGAUUGCAGUUUCGGGCCGUUUGG